AUGGGAAACAAAAUUGUACAAAUGUCCAGCAAACAACUGCAGCAAAUCAUUGAAGCUGUUAGCGUUUCUGCCGCUGUCAAUUCUGCUGCGCCUGCCGAGACCAUAACGCCCAAGUCAAAAGCCAGUUUUGGCAAUUGUCCCUCAAAUUUUGGUGGCACACGUAACCAUGAUGUCGUUGAAGAGUUCAUCACCUCCAUUGUGACAUAUGAAGAAAUCGAGUGCAUUAGUGACGAAGAUGCCUUAAAGGGUAUUUCAUUACUUUUCUUUGGACUUGCCUCAAUCUGGUGGCAGGGAGUGCGUAAAGAGGCCAAGACUUGGGCAGAUGCUCUUAAUUUGAUUCGUGGACAUUUUUCACCUACUAAACCUGCAUAUCAAAUCUAUAUGGAGAUUUUCGAAAAGAACCAGGAUGAGAAUACACCCAUCGAUACAUUUGUGAACAUCAAAUAUCGCAAGCAUAUAUCACGCCAUGACAUUAAGUCAUUCCGUGACCUAUUGGAAAAGGGUCGUCUAAUUGAACACAACAUCACCGAAGAUAGAAGAGAGAAAAAUACAACUGUAUAUAGCGCCAGUGGCAUGAAACGUCCAUACUCCAAUUUUCAAGGUCACAAAAAUAUCAAAUAUUCUAAACGAAGAGCUGUGGAAUGUAUUCAAAGACCUCAAGCAGCUAACAUUCCUACACCGCCACCUUUACCAUCAUUAAUUUGAGGCCAUAUUGGUUAGCUCCCUAAUUUAAAAGGGUGGCAAGUGUAGUCGUUAUGUUUCGACACUAUAAGAUAGGGGAUUUUCA